ACAAACAUAUUCAUAAGGGUUGACGGAAUGGCCACCGCGGCUUCCAAUCCUUAUCUGCCCAGCAAUAGCAUCUUAUCGUCUGGCUCCAUCGUGCACUCUGACUCUGGAGGCGGUGGCAUGCAGCCGGGCAGUGCUGCGGUUACUUCGGGGUCCGGGGUCUACAGGGGAGACCCCUCGGUCAAGAUGGUACAGAGUGACUUUAUGCAGGGCGCGAUGGCAGCGAGCAACGGGGGACACAUGCUGAGCCAUGCCCACCAGUGGGUGACAUCCCUCCCGCACGCCGCAGCCGCCGCAGCAGCAGCCGCGGUGGCAGCAGCCGAAGCCGGGUCGCCGUGGUCGUCGAGUCCCGUCGGGAUGACGGUCAGCCCCCAGCAGCAGGACGUGAAGAACUCCGGCAGAGACGACCUGCACACGGGCACCGCGCUGCACCACAGGCCGUCUCACUUAGCCCCACAUCAGACUCACGCCGGGGCUUGGGGGAGCACGACCGCCGCUCACAUUAACUCCAUAUCCGGGGGACAGCAGCAGCAGCAGUCGCUGAUCUACUCCCAGCCGGGGGGCUUCACUGUGAACGGGAUGCUGAGCCCGGGGAGCCAGAGCCUGGUGCACCCGGGCUUGGUGAGAGGGGACACCCCGGAUCUGGACCACGGCAGCCACCACCACCACCAGCAGCAUCACCAGCAUCACCAGCACCAGCACCACGGCGGCGUCAACAGCCACGACCAGCACUCGGACGACGACACGCCGACGUCGGACGACCUGGAGCAGUUCGCCAAGCAGUUCAAGCAGCGGAGGAUCAAGCUGGGCUUCACGCAGGCGGACGUCGGCUUGGCUUUGGGCACCCUGUACGGGAACGUUUUCUCCCAGACGACCAUUUGCAGGUUCGAGGCUCUGCAGCUGAGCUUCAAGAACAUGUGCAAGCUGAAGCCUUUGUUGAACAAGUGGCUCGAGGAGGCCGACUCGACCACCGGCAGCCCCACCAGCAUCGACAAGAUCGCGGCGCAGGGGAGGAAGCGGAAGAAGCGCACCUCCAUCGAAGUGAGCGUCAAGGGGGCUCUGGAGAGCCACUUCCUCAAGUGCCCCAAACCCUCGGCCCAGGAGAUCACCGGCCUGGCGGACAACUUGCAGCUGGAGAAGGAGGUGGUCAGAGUGUGGUUUUGCAAUAGGAGGCAAAAGGAAAAACGGAUGACGCCCCCAGGAGUGGCUCAGACGCCGGAGGAUGUGUACUCUCAAGUCGGCAACGGGCAUUUUUUAGUUGAUUACUUAAAAGAUGCAAGUGAAGCGAGCGACCAGAGGGUGACAACCACAAGUUCAUUCCACCAGAAACAAAGGAGCAGGCAUUUUGUAUAUUUAGAAAUGGGACCGAUGGGCCGCCUGUCCUCCUCUCCACGCCGAACAAUAACACGAGGGGAGCGGCGGCACCACUCUGAGUGACGUCCACGGAGCUUCCGUCCUGAUAGCUGCGUGACGUGGACUGCGUGGUUGCACUCAUACACACGCGCGCGCGCGUGAAGGAUUAGGGAUAUAUAUAUAUUUUUUUCUUCUCACCUUGAGGCCCUCAUGAGAAAGAAAAGACAACCUGGACCAGGACUGUCCCCGCCUGAUCU